AUGUCAACAGCGAUCGAAAGAUUGCCGACGGAAACACUACAUCAGAUUUUGGAUAAUCUCGAUGUUGAAACCAUUGUCAUUUCUUUGAGGCAAGUAUGCCGAAGGUUUCGUUCAGUUAUGCAAAGUUACAAUCGUUAUGUGUUCGAGUUCCGACAGACUUCGAAAUCAAAUUUGAGCCUUAUUUAUCGACUAGUUCGUCCUGAGAGCGUUAUUUCAUUGGUGCUGAGCGAUGAUAGAACACCCGGUCAAGUUAGUUUCUUCUUUUCAUUGCCUCAAAUUCAUAAAUUUUCUCGACUUCAAUCACUCGUUCUUCGGGAUAUUCAUGAACCACAGGUGGUUAGAAUUUUGAGACGAAUAAAACUCGACCAGCUGAAGUCAGUGGUAAUCAAAAUAGACAAAUACGAUGGCCGACGAAGAAUGACAACUGUUAACUUUUUGAGAUCCGUUGUCUCCCAACCGAAUCUUCGCAAACUUGACUUACAAAUCAACAGCAGGAGAUUUCAUCUAAUACAAUGGUCACGACCAAAUACCCUUCGUGAUUUAUCAAUUGAUGGAAAUAUGGAUGGUGAUCACUUAUACAAAAUUCUGCAGUGUUCACCCCUCUUACAAACACUAAAACUAAGACAAGGGCUCCCACUUACAAAUAAUUGGAACAAGUCCAUAUGUUUUCCAACAUUGACUUCGCUUACGCUCGAUGAAAUAAGCAUAGACAUCGAUGAGCUUCAAUCUUUCCUUCUGUUCACUCCACGACUCGCCCAUCUGAAAGUGAUUGGCAGUGUAGAUUAUUUUAGUGGAACAGAAUGGGAGCAAUUUAUUCAAAUACAUUUACCAAUGCUUAAUCAAUUCGAAAUCUUUCUGUUGAUACGAUUUAUGUCGUUAACUUCUUCUCAAGAUGCCGAAUCAAUUAUUGGGCCAUUACGAUCUCCAUUUUGGAUCGAACAUAAAAAAUGGUUUUUCACCUGCGAACAAGGUUUGCAGUCGUGUCGCGCAUACCUUUACUCGUUACCAAGUUGCCAGUCGACAAUGAAAUACAUAAUACCAUCACAGAGAAUCCUCCUCUCUACCUUGCCUCCUGAUUCAUCAACGAUGGACAAUAUGAAGAAUCUGACUGUGGCGUUGACAAACGAGUUAGUCGAUGAGUUAUUAGAGAAAAAGCCACAGCCUGUACUUCUCAAUACGAUUAAACUCUUGGUGGAUGUAAAGAGCGAUCGGCUAGUUAUUCCGCUCGUUUCACUCACAAUUUUAGUCGACCUAUCACAUCUUGUUGAAAUUGAAUUUGGAGAGUGUUAUCCUAUAUUAUCAGAUGGAGAUUUUGAUGUAGAUGCAUUUUCUGAUAUGAAGACUUUACUUCGACAAGCGCCUAAUCUUUCGUCCCUCCUGAUCAGCGACCAAUUCGCUUAUGGGUUCGGACUGAGUACGAUGGAUAUUUGUUAUCUUCUUUCACGUCAGAUCAAACAUUUACAACUACCUGUUAGCGAUUUAAAUGAUAUCAAACUUGUUUUGGAACAAUGUCAGUAUUUAUCAACUGUGCGAUUCACUGCCCGUCAAAGGAAACUUCCGACACAGAUUGUUCGAUGGAUAGACGAGAAUACAACCGGUUCAACAUGUCGAAAGAAUGCUGAUUCUGUUCAAGUAUGGCUUGGCAAGAAUAAUAUCGAGUCAAGUGAACCCGAAGCCACGUGUAAACGACCUAAAUUGAGUUCUGGUGAUAUUUAUUAA